AUGUUUCUGAAGACCUUCUUUGUGCUAUUUAUAUUGCAAGCAAUUGAUGUAUAUGGAGAGCUAUUAGUGCAUAAGACGUUUUAUUACCAAAGAAAACUUGACACAUCUGUAAACUCCAUUACUCGAUCCUCGGAUUGGACUAGUGUUGGGCACAGUUACCAACAUCACAGCCAAAGAGACAGCAUAUUUGAGCUUUUGGAGACAACACAAAGUGCCUUAAAACGCUAUCUAAUCUCCGUUGCCGAUGAGGAAGUGACGGCCGAAGGCUUUUUAUCGGGUCUACAAAUGGUAGAUCCUCAAAUGUCAAACGCUUUAAAAGAAUUAAUUAGCGGAGACUUGAAAAUUUUAGCCAAAUCUGAUCCUUUAAUUGUUACCAGUUUAUUUGAUCUUCGCCUAUGUAGGCUCAAGCCCUUUUCCAAAGACGCUUUAAAAGCUUUCAUAGUAUUUAGAAAUGAGCAUGUAAUCGAGCUCUAUGACGGAGACAUUCGAUAUGACACAUAUCGGGCAUUUAGAAAAGACUAUCCCGCAUGCUUACAGGCCUUUCCAAAGUCCUAUUCAGAUCCAAAAGAGCUUGCAAAGCUAACUUUCAUGAAUAUGAAUUCUCAAGACUCUUUACAUACAUUUCAACAAUUACUCGACGGGCUGGAACCUCCAGUCCUGGCUCGAUCUAUCCUCAGCGAAGAAUCCAAUGACUGGUCAAUUGCUCCGGAAAUAAAAAAACUGUUGAAGGCUAUACUUGAGGCCAAAGAGCGUGGAUGGCAAUCUAAACUGAUUGGCAAAAGUAUAUUCUUUGGCAUAGGAAACAUACCUCUCCUUUCUUAUAAGCAAUCUAACACAGAGAAAGAAAAAAAGCGCGCUUUGGUAGAUCAGGUUGUUUAUGAGCUGGCGAUAAAAUCUGGCCUAGAUGGCUUCAUUGUGCCUUAUCUUUAUGUUACUGAAAAGUCGUCCAAAAUGGGCGGAUCGCUAUCUGUGUAUAAGAGUAUUUUUUCUCUUGAUGCAGAAACAGGGGGCGUUGAUUCACUUCCCACAAAAUACACAAUCUUUGGAAACAUUCUGUAUUCGCGGACAGAUACAGGAAAUACUUACUGCUCCAUGGCUCUACUUUUGGGAUUGACAACGAAAUAUAUUCCUCGCCAUUCAGCUGAUGAAGCAUUUCUUGUAAAUGAAGUCUACAACGAAUUUAUUGGCGCAAGUGAAUUGGACGAAAUCGCCGUGUUUAGUAUUUUGUUUCGAGCAAAUGGGUACCACUCCCGAAAUUUUGUGUUGACAUUUUGCCAGAAAAAGCGUAGGCUUGUGAUAAAGAACAUUGACUAUGAAUUUUCGCUCGGGUCUUUUCACCAUACGAUAUCCUUGGAAACAUAUGGAUAUCGUAUCGAUGAUAACUUGCUCCCCAUUCACCCCCAUUUUGAGCUUCCUAUUGCAUAUCACUGGAAACUGGAAUCCAAAAAGUCUAUGUACACAAAUGUAUUGCGGAAAUUGCUAAAGAAUGUCCCUCAAAAGCGGAGAGACGCCAUUUCGGCAAUUUCCGAAAAGCUGCUCAAUAUCGAUCUGAAAGCCUGCAAAGAAAUCAUUCAAAAAAUAUACAGCAAUCUCCACGAAACAGCAAAGCUGCACGUUGACAGCCUGGAAUAUAUUAGGAUGCAAAUGGUGGAGCUGAUAGCGUAUUAUCAUUCGAAUUCGAUUCUCAGUGUUUCUGAAAUCAUUUUGAGGACCCUUAGGGAGUCUAAGGUUUUGGUUCUGGGGCCAGAAGAAGUUAACUAA